UAUUUAUUUGGAUUCUAUAUAUGAUGUGUCAAUGUGACUAUAAACAGCUUGAACAAAAUUUAUCUUUUCCUAUUUCUCAUCCUAGAAAUGGAAUAAUGUUUAUAAAACAAAAUGUUUUCAGUCAUCAAUUAGUUGAAUCUGGUCGACAAUAUAUUAUGCAAGGAGCUAAGGAUAUUGGAGGAGAAUCGGACAUUUAUGAAUAUAUUCAAAAUUAUAUGGUUGAUCACAGAAUACUUUCAGAUAUAAAUAUUUUAACAGGUGCCAUAUUUACAGAAGAAAAAAUUGAAAUUUUAUUUAAUGACAAACGACUGCAUACAAUACCGAAUGGUCUUGCCCAUAUAAUGAAUGCUCUUGCAUUAGGCUUUGUGGGUCCUGAUACAAAAAUUGAUGUUAAAAUGGAGCUGUUGCAGUUUUCUACUGUUCAAGGUCCAAUUGUGCACAAUAAUGUCAAUAGUAUUAAUCUGGCUUUAGCUACUUCAAUAAGCUUGUGUUUUUGCUUUAUUUGGACAUUUCCAUUGCUGUUUAUAAACAUUAAUAAUGGAAAUCAUCCUUACUAUACGGAAUUCUGUGCAGGAAUGGGGUUAAGCAUGCUAAUAUUGGCCUUUUUUGUCUUUGAUUUACUUUCUUCUAUGCUAGCUCUCAUUCCACUGAAUGCUGCAAUUCUCUUUUUUCAAUGGGACGCACUCAUGGAUACUAAAAUAUUUUUACUUAAUGCUUAUGUCAUUUUUGGAAUUGGUAUAUGUGUUCUAAGUAUAAACAUAUUAAUAUCGCUUCGUCAAACACAACUACAAAACAGUUAUAUGAAGACUGUCACAUUUUAUUUAUUUGGAAUAAUAAUUUACCUCGUAGUAAACGAAUGGCAACCGGUUAUCAGUCUCAACAAGCUAACAAACAUUCUGUUAGAUUUUCAUCCGAUUUAUUGUUUGUUACAUAAUCUUAUGAUAAUCUUCAGUAUAACCGAAAUGAAAAACUUGUGUAGUGAUGAACAGAUUUUUGAAACAUGUACAUAUUCAGAAGAAUGUCAAAUAUUUCCAAACUGUUGCGGUAUGACACUACUGAAAGCAGCUCACGACUGUCCAGAAGUGGGCGUUUUUCAGAAAUUUUUUUCCAAGGAGCUCCGCCGAUGGUAUUUCCCCAAGAAAUCUCCGCCUAGGCAGGAUGAAACGAGGGCAAUUGAAGACCACAUAGCAUCAUCGCGCUACAGACAGUCUGGAGCAGUAAUCUCAUUCCUUGCUUAG